UACUCUGACAAGUUCAGAGUCUUGCACCCGCCUGCAGCACACCCCCACCCGGACUAUCUGUGCGUGUGUUUUUGAAGAGACGCUUGUUCUGAGUGGAUUUACACCUUUAUUUUUUUUUCUAACACUGACACCAUGUCGGAGGGCAGGAAGAAAGAGAGGAGAGGGAGAAAGAACGGAGGGAAGAAGGGACGCAAAGGGAACAGAGAUUCCACAGAAGCCGCCCCAAAGCUGAAGCGCAUGAAGAGCCCCGUGUUUGUGGCAGAAGGCAAGAGACACACGCUGAAGUGCGAGGCCACGGGCGGCUCCAUCUCCUACAAGUGGUACAAAGAUGGCAACGAGCUCAAGAAGAGCAAAGAGAUCAAGAUCAAGAUUGGCAAGAGAAACUCCAGGGUCCAGAUUAACAAUGCCAGACUUGAGGACUCUGGGAACUACACGUGUGUGGCCGAGAACAUUCACGGAAGGGAGAACGGCACGAGCACCGUGCAUGUCCAAAGCAUAACCACCACACUAUCCCCGGGCUCUGGUCACGCCAGAAGAUGCAACGACACGGAGAAGGCCUACUGUGUGAACGGCGGCGACUGUUACUUCAUACAUGGCAUAAAUCAGCUUUCGUGCAAAUGUCCGGACGGAUACUUCGGCAAGCGCUGCUUGCAGACCGAGCCCCUGCGGCUUCGCAUGCCCAAUCCACACAAAAAGGCAGAGGAGCUUUAUCAGAAGAGAGUCCUGACAAUCACCGGGAUCUGUGUGGCUCUGCUGGUGGUGGGCAUCGUCUGUGUUGUCGCCUACUGCAAAACCAAUCUGCCCCCCAGGAAACAGAAGAAAAAGAUGCACAAUCACCUGCGGCAGAACAUGUGUGUGGAACACCCCAACCGCAACCUGGCCAACGGACCCAAUCACCCCGGCCCAGGCCCAGAGGAGAUACCCAUGGUCGAUUAUAUCUCCAAGAACGUCCCAGCCACAGAGCGUAUCAUUCAGCAUGGAGCGGCAGUUUCGUUUCCAGGCAGCCGAGCGUCUUCCAGAUCCCACAACUCGUCCACCCACGCCCAUUCCUCCACUCAGAGGUGUGUCCCUGCUAGUGGAGUCAUGCUAGUUUCGGAACCCCCGCACACCCGUACCCCAGCUGUCAAUCAACAGCAACAGCAACAACAAUCAAGAUACCAGCCUUACCUUAUCACACACAGCUGGUCACAGCGGCCUGCCUCCAUUCACCACCCACCGUGGUUAUAUCUCAGACACGAGGAGCGUACCUGGAGCCUGGAGCGGACGGACAGCAUCAUGUCGGACUCCCCGGGCAUGAUGUCGUCCUCCGUGGGGACCAGUAAAUGCAGCAGCCCAGCGUGCAUGGAGGCACGGGCCAGGCGGGCAGCCCACUGUGGCUACUCGGAGCCCCACCGGGGCAGCCUGCAGUACGGAGACUCCUUCGACUCCCUGGGGGACUCUCCACACAGUGACAGGUAUGUGUCCGCCCUGACCACGCCGGCCCGCCUCUCGCCCGUGGACUUCCAUUACUCACUGCCCCCGCAGGUGCCUACCUUCCAGAUCACCUCCCCUAACGCCAACCACGCCAUGUCCCUGCCCCCGGCCGCGCACACCCCCUACCCGCUGGAGCUGGAGGACGAGGCGCCCCUGCUGCUGCGCCGCUACCAGGUGCCCCUGCACGACGCCCAGCCGCGCCAGGGGGGCCCGGGCCACGACAGCUACCGGCAGCAGCGCCGGGCCGCCUACCUGAACGACAGCACGGGCAGCCUGCCGUCCAGCCCCUACCGGCUGGCGGCCGAGGACGACGAGUACGAGACCACGCAGGAGUACCUCUCCUCUCUGGAGCAACCAAAGAGAAGCAGCGGCGGAGGAAGAGGAGGAGGAGGAGGAGGAGGUGGAGGAGGAGGAAGCAGACGCUGGCGGAGGUCCAGACUGAACGGCCACGUGUCGCCGCGGGGCUACGAGGAGGCGGCCGCGGCCGCGCGGGGCGGCUGCCUGUCGGACAGCGAGUCGGAGGAGGAGGAGGGCGAGAGCACGCCCUUCCUCAGCAUGCAGAACAUGAACGCCGAGCCGGCCAUCAUCUACAGACCGGCCGACAGUCGGACUUCACACACGUCGGGCCGGCACGGCGCUGCUCGUGGGAACGCCGCACAGACCAGACUCACGCACUCACGGUCCAAAGCGGACAAUGUGCCCCACUAGAGCCAAUGAGAGCGGAAUGGAAAAAAACAACCUAUCAACAAGAAAUCAAUAUACUAUAGACCUGCACCUAUAAGAAAUAUUUUUAUUUUAUAUAACUGACAGAUAUUCUAAACAAAUGAAAUAUUUAUUUUCAUUUUAGCAAAAGUUGUCUACUAGUUAACAGCAAAGACUUUUUUUAUAGGGAAAACUCUAUUUAUAUGUACAUUUUGAUUUACAGCAUAAAAAAGACGUGCCAAUUUUUUCACAACUUAAAAAAUAGAGUAAUAUUGUGGUGCCUUUUGCUGUAUGCCGAUACCAGAGGGCCAGUGGAGUUUUUUGUAGCCUUUCUUAUAUGGACGCCUCAUUUUUUAUACACAUUUAUUCUUUUUGUUCUCUCUGUUUGGCCUCCUUCCUUUCUUUUUCAGGUUGUGUUCUCUUUUUUUGGAGCAAACCCCCAUCUGAACUGUGACAUUGCCCCUGUCAUCAUUCAUGCAAUAUAAAUCACUCAAACAUAAGGUGUAUGUUUACAUGAAUAUAAUUCACAUAAAUGUUUAUUAUUAUUAUUAUUAUUAUUAUUAUUAUUAUUAUUAGCUUUUCAAACGGGAGUCCUGACAAAUGCAAAGAGGGACUCUUUGACUUUUCUUUUCUGAAAAAUGAAGGGCAGGGUGCAUGUUAUAUGUCUCUCCAAACAUGUCGUCUUAUCCCGACACCGCCCAUGCCGUCCCCCUGGCGUCUAGUGCGAGGUGUGGGGAGCACUGAGGUCGGCCGCUGGGGCUCACGCGGUGAGCAGAGGGGGACGCUGGGCUUCGGGUGUGAGGAUGGGUGGAUGCCGCUGCUGCUGCUAGUGUGAUGGGGUUUGACAUGUGGUCAGCUGAUAUGCAGUUAUCAGCCCCCCUCCCCUUCCCCCCCUCCAAGAAAACAAGCUUCUGGACAUAUUGGGUGUCCUUUUACCUCAGAAGGAUUUGUUUAAUUUUUGUUGUGGCUUUGGUAAAAUCAAGGCAAAGGAAGUUAUAUUUGACAGAAGGCCAUGGUUGUAUGGUAAUUCACAAAACAAUACAAAACAGGAAAAAAAAGAAUGGAAUGCAUUGCACCAAACGCAUCUCAUGUUUCCCAUGAUCCUCCAUGUGCCCUCUUGUGUCCACCUCUGUUUCAGCAGCUCACAUAGGGAACCAAACAGUGUCUCAGGAGCUUUCUGGCACGCCACACACACACACACACACACACACACACACACACACACAUAGACUGACACAUGCCCAAAGAGUCACUCACAAAUGAACCCACACACACACACACACACACCCUGUACCCUUGGAACCCUCCACGCAAACACACACACACACACACACAGCUGUCAAACCUAGAGUCUCAUUAGUCGAUAGAGCGGGCGCUCUUCCUGUAAACUUUGUCCCGUUUCCCUAAGUGAGUUAAAGAGAGACAAAGACGCAACAGACGAAGGAAGUUCGUUCACACAAUCAAGAGGACUCAACAAAUAAUUUGAGGGGUCAAGAAAAGCCAGAAUAUGCUGCCUUUAUAUUUAGCCUUGUUCGAUGAUGAUUUCUAGAAAAACACUUGUGCAGUGUUUAUAAACUGUGAUUUCCUGACAUGUUUUUUUUUCCAUAGUGCAUACCAAAUGAUGUUCAUAUAUUAUUAUUAUUAUUAUUAUUAUUAUCAUUAUUAUUAUUAUUAUUAUUUGCUUUGGCUUUGUGCACUGAUUAAUGUUAUUUCACCUAGAUUGUCUAAACUCCAAGCAACCUCACUUUUACUUUCAGUGGUAGAUGAAAUGAAAACAACUGACAGACAUGUCACUCCACUUUGUCUUUCACACAUUUUAAAGUCAGAUGGCCUCCAGCUAUGAGAGAGAAAAAAAAACUUUAUGCCAUUAUCCAGCCUCCUGUGUGGAAAAGACAAAUGUGAAUAAAGAUGAACUAUUUCAGUGACAAGAGUGUAAUAAUAGCCUACGUUGGCAUAUUUUCAGUUACUCGAUGUGAGGGGAGGGAGCUGAUGUUGUUGAAUCCAGUACAUCAAUGAAACAAAUAAAAAGAAAAAAACCAAGGUCAUACAGUAUGUUUAGAAGAAAAAGCAGCCAUUUUGAAAGGUAGAACAUCAAUAGAGUACAGUUUUGUGACAAAACAGUGGCACGGGCAUACUUUAGUCUAGAAAGGGUUUCCACUCACAGCAAUCCCACAAUCCCUCUGUCCAUCCCCCUUACAUUGCAUUUAGACUCUUAUUUGUAUAUUUGAGAAAUGCAAAAAAAGAAAGAGUGUGCUUCUCUAGUUAGUUUUAAUGUGGCCCCUCCUCCCUCCCUUCCUCCCUCCCUCCCCCGACCCAGCCCCAACUAGAAUUUUGACAGUUAUGUCCUGCCAGUUUCUUUUGGACUGUUCCUUUUUGGAUUUCUUCCUCGCUUGAAACGUUUAACCCCACCCCCACCCCCGACCCCUUCUGCAUGUCCUUGUGGUCAAGGUUAGAUGGGUGCAUGGUAAAAGCAGCAGACAUUUUUCCAGUCAGUGAAAGUGUGUUUCAUUUAACAUUCAGCAAUAAAAAAGAACCCUACCCCACCCCACCCCACCCCCACCCCCUCCCCCCCACUCCAUGUCCAUUCUUGGAAUAUGCUAGAGAAAAAAAGAAGAAAAUGCAAGAUUGUCAUAGAUUGUAAAAUAAAAGAAAAAAAAUGAAAAAGAACCCAUCUGUUCUUAUGGCAAAAUAAAUCUUUAUUCGUAUAAUUUUAAACUAAUGUGGUCAUAUCUGUGCAAGGACACGCUGUGUGUUAAAAUAUGUCCAUUCAGAUGGGCUGUCUGAUAUUGGAACAGCAGUAGGGUCUAUAGAAAAGCACUUGUAUGAGUUGUUUGCCCUUGCCAUUUGACCUGGUCACUGUGAGACGGUCAAGUCUGCAAAUGUUGGAGAGAGCAAUCACCAGUUUCCAUGAGGAAAAUGUCCAUCUGGCCCAAGCAUUGCAGGCUUAGAUGUCAGCUUGACCAUACCAGCACUAUAUACAACUGAGUACUAUUAGGUCCCCAAUGUUAGUUUAGACCCAUUGCCUCCGAGAUCUAUCAGAGUGUCAGAGCAUUGCAUUUGAUGUAAGACAAGACUCAUAACCAAGAAGUUGAACAAUUGCUCAGCACAUCGAUUUCCCUCUCUCUCCUCUGUUUGUGAUUGUAUGUCUGUGUUUGUGUGUGUGUAUAUGUGUGUGUGUGUGUGUGUGUGUGUGUGUGUGUGUGUGUGUGUGUGUGUGUGUGUGUGUGUGUGUGUGUGUGUGUGUGUGUGUGUGUGUGUGUGUGUGUGUGUGUGUGCGUGUGUGUGUGUGUGUGUGUGCUAUAGUUUGACGGCAUUGUAGACUGUGCAGGAAUAAAUGUAUAGAUGUAAUAAAGUUUCAACAUUC